AUGUUUGGAGUCUUCAUUCCCACCCGGCCCAUCAUCACUGAGCUAGCGACCGUCUCACCGAACCAGUUCGCCGUCUCCUUCCCGGCCUCGCCACCAUUCCACAAUGUCGGCGUCUUUCUUCACCCAAGUAACCUCCUGCCACCAGGCACAGCUGCCGGAGUCUACAUGCAACUGCCCGGCGAGCAGGGAUUUAAGUUUCUAGGCGCCAUAGGCAAUGAGAAGCCCUCAGCCUUGUUCCGCGUGAACCUACCGGACUCCAUCGCCAAUAACCCUUCUGCUGGACAAGUCAAUCUCGGCAUCUCUGUAGAACCAGCGCAGAAUAUCCAAGCACAGAUGGCACAAAUUCAGCAACAGUCACCAACCGCAUCAAAUUCCACUGCUCUUGUCAAGAGACCGCCGGAUACGCGGGUUUUGGCCCAACGAAUCAUCAGGAACGCCUUCAAUUUCUUGGCUAGUUUUGCAGGCAACACGGCCAACGGGAUUGAAGUCGUGCCGUUAAAGAGCUUUCAAGAUUGGUGGACUAAAUUCGAGAGGAGGGUGCAGAACGAUCCGGGAUUUUUGGAGAGAGAUGAGGUUUAA